CAUAACAGAAAGGCACGUUGGCGCGAAAAUCGAACGAUCUUCAAUACACCGAACCCACGGCUGAUGAAUGUGUCGCUGCUACGCGACAACAAACUGCUGCACGGCCAAGAACGGCGAGGAUCGCGCAUGUCCGUGCGGUUACCGUCCCGCCAACCAAGCAUGGCCUCACUGCGACCGCAUUCUCCGAAUGCAUCGAUAGGUAAGAUAGGCUCACGGCGAGGAUCCCGCGGAAGCAGUAACGCGUCGGCCACUUCCACCAAAUCCAACCGUAGCGGUAACCACCACCAUUCGAAGGACAACGGCACAGCGCACCCGAACGAGAGUGUGACGGUUGAGAUAGCGGAAAUUAAGACAUAAGUGAGAAAAUGGAGCUUAACGUGCAA